ACCCGAGAGCAGCAGCCGGGAAGCGGAAUGGAGCCGUAGGCGCGGUCUCGCGAGAUGUGGCGUGUCCAGCUUACGGAGAGGGGCGGAGGCGGAGAGGGAACCACGUGGGGGUUAUUGCGCGGCCUGAAUCUCGGCGCCUGGUUAGGGUCUGGAUUGGAAUUGAAACCGUGGAGAUGCGGAAAGAAACCCCAGCUCCCCUAGUGGCCCCGCCGGCCCGGGAGUGGAACCUGCCCCCGAAUGCGCCCGCCUGUAUGGAGCGACAGUUGGAGGCUGCGCGGUACCGGUCGGAUGGGGCGCUGCUGCUCGGGGCCUCCAGCCUGAGUGGCCGCUGCUGGGCUGGCUCCCUUUGGCUUUUCAAGGACCCUUGUGCUGCCCCCAACGAAGGUUUCUGCUCCGCUGGCGUUCAGACGGAGGCCGGAGUGGCAGCCCUCACUUGGGUGGGGGACAAAGGUAUCCUGGUGGCUUCCGACUCAGGUGCUGUUGAAUUGUGGGAGCUGGAUGAAAAUGAGACCCUCAUUGUGAGCAAGUUCUGCAAGUACGAGCAUGACGACAUCGUGUCUGCAGUCAGCGCCCUGAGCUCCGGCACGCAAGCUGUCAGCGGCAGCAAAGACUUCUGCAUCAAAGUCUGGGACCUUGCUCAGCAGAUGGUACUGAAUUCAUACCGGGCUCACGCUGGGCCUGUCACCUGCGUUGCCGCUUCCCCUCACAAGGACUCCGUGUUUCUUUCGUGCAGUGAGGACAAUAGAAUUUUACUCUGGGAUACCCGCUGCUCCAAGCCAGCGUCGCAGAUGGGCUGCAGUGCCUCUGGCUACCUUCCUACCUCCCUGGCUUGGCAUCCUCAGCAGAGUGAAGUCUUCGUCUUCGGUGACGAGAACGGGACGGUCUCCCUGGUAGACACCAAGAGUACGAGCUGCGCCCUCAGCGCUGCUGUGCACUCCCAGUGUGUCUCGGGGCUGGUGUUCUCCCCACACAGCACCCCCUUCCUGGCCUCUGUCAGUGAAGACUGCUCGCUUGCCGUGCUGGACUUGGGCCUGGCUGAGGUGUUUAGAAGCCGAGCCCACAGAGACUUUGUCAGAGACGCGACUUGGUCCCCACUCAAUCACUCCCUCCUCACCACAGUGGGCUGGGACCAUCAGGUCAUCCACCACGUGGUGCCCACGGAACCUCUGCCAGCGCCUGGACCCGCGAGUGGCACCGAGUAGCUUAGAUUUAAGACAAAGAACAGCACCCCCACAAGUGCGCACCCCCAGCCUCUCCGCAGGAGAGAGGGAGCACGGGAGCCUCCCCGGUGUUGCUAGACCAGACUGUGAGGUUAAUAGGCGCGGCCUCAGCUCGGGGAGGCUGGAUUCGGGGGUCCUGUUGUCUGUCCCAGGGAAGAAACACUUGAAAAUGGAUAGGUCCGUUUUGUGUGUCUAAGUGUCUGUAGAUACAUAGUUUUUGGUGGGGGGGGGGAGUAAAAAGUCUACCCCACUCUUUCCCCAGGCUCAGCCCCCGGCCCCCCAAAAAAGUUCACCAAAGGGUUUUAUGCUUCUGUAGCCGUGCACAAGGAAUUGGCUUUGUCUGCGGUCUGGGGUGGGUGUCCCUGGCACGUCGGAAGCAGCUAUACCCUCUCAGAGAGACAGGAGCUAUUUUAUAUUUUUAUAGAGCUAGUUGUAGUGUGUGCAGUGCUUCCGUUCCCAGAAGUCCGGCUCAGUUCGCCUGGAGGCUGGGCCAGCUUUCCAUGCCUCCUCGCCACUGAACUGAGCCAGAAGUCUAUUUCCCGGCAGCAUAAAGACUGGCUGGGGCCCGUGAGUUGCGGCACACCCCCUCCCCUGCCCGCUUGUUGUCUAUGAGAUGAAUUGUUUUUCUGCCGUCGAUGCUAUAGAAGACAGUUUGGGGGUGAUGGUGAGCCGGCAGGCAUUUUAUUAAGUUAAACUGACAGCUGACGCAGGCUUACAACGAAAGGUCGGACACCACACCUAUCCAGAUAGCCGGGGCCCUACCCUCUCCUGCCUCUGGGCCCCUUUGUCUGGAUACAGGAAGACGCUUGUUUUUUACGGACGCUGAAGAUUUUAAAAUGCAACAUUGGAGAAUCAGACAGACUGACUGGUGAAAUAAAAAGUUCAGGCUUUGUUAGUCUGUCUUCAAAAUGUGUGUGCUGUGUGUAUUGAGGAUGAGCAUGAGCUACUGCGAUGUGGGAAUGGGCUCCUUUUACUGUUUGAGGUCAGGCAGGCUUUUUUGGCAUUUCAUGUCACUGCUUCAGGAAUGGAUAUUUUCCUAUUUCCUUUGUUAAUACUCUGAAGUCCGUUGACUUGACACAUGGAAUUCUGCUGAUCACUGGCCCACCAAGGUCUGAGAGGCUCACCCUGGGGUUAGUGCUUGGAUCCACAAGAAAUAGAGUCUUGAGUACAGUUUCAGGUGACACCGGACGAGGGGCUGUCUUCUGAGGUAUCUCUCCUGCCCUGUCCAGAUCAAUUCCCCAAUGAACAGUUGUGUGGACGUUACCUGCUGGUGCCAGUCACGUUCAGGCAAAACCACCGAAGUUCUUAACUGCUCUGGACUUGGAGCUGCAUUUCUUCUGGGCAGCAUUUCACAGCAGGACACUGAGGGAGUGGUGGUGGGCUGGUGGCUGCAUUUUAUUUUGUAAUCCCAUUUCAGAGGUCUCUAAACUUUUUUUGUACAUCUAGCCCUAAAAGUAAGGCUCUGAUUUUUUUAAAAUUUAAUUUAUGCGUACAGAACUGGGGUAUAGGCCAGAAAUACAGGGGUGGUGAAGGG